AUUUUUUGGAUCAUAAAUGCUAAAUCUAUUUAGAGAAUACACCUUUGUUAAUAAAUAUGGCUAUUCUAAAAUUUACCCAUGGCAACGAUUUUUAGUUAUUACUUAUACCCUAACAAUAAUGUUAAAAGUCAGAAUUGUAACAAUAAUAUUAUGUUUAUAUCUGAGUACAGUAUAUUUUGUGGGAACAAUAUUUGCAUCUGUAACAAUGGAGCCAAUCAUCAUAGUUCACGGCGGUGCUGGUAAUAUACCAGAGAGUAGAGUACAAGGCAAACUAGAUGGUGUUAGAGUUGCUGUGAAAGCUGGAAAUAAAAUAUUGAAAGAGGGAGGCACCGCCUUGGAUGCUGUUGAGGCUGCUGUGGUUUCCAUGGAGAAGGAUGAAUAUUUUAAUGCAGGCUACGGCUCGGUAUUAAACCUACGUGGUGAAGUAGAAAUGGAGGCAAGUAUUAUGAGUGGAAAGAACCUUGAUGUGGGUGCUGUAACACUAAUUAAAGACUUUGAACACCCAAUUAGCAUUGCCCACAAAGUUUUAUGUGAUUCACCCCACUCUUUGCUUGGUGCAGAGGGAGCUAAAAUAUUUGCUCUAGAGAAGGGAUUUCAAACAGUGCCACCAGAAUCACUUAUCAGUGAAAACGCAAAACACGCACUCGAAGAGUUCUUGAAACACGGUGAAUUUGGUAGAACCGAAAUAGGUUUAAAGAAUCAGGGAGGAGUGGGAACAGUAGGUGCAGUUGCAAUUGAUCGUAAUGGGGAUAUAGUGGUCGCUACUAGCACGGGAGGAAUGAGUGGGAAAGCAGUCGGCCGAAUUGGAGACACGCCACAGAUAGGUAGCGGCACAUAUGCUGAUAAUCAUGUUGGAGGUGUUUCUACUACUGGUCACGGGGAAUCGAUAUUGAAGUACUGUUUGGCUCACAGUAUUAUUAAACUCAUGGAGACCGGUAUUGAUACAAACACUGCUACUAAGACUGCUGUUGAUGGUAUGACGAAUCGUUUAAACAACACAGCAGGGGCGAUAACUCUUUCGAAGAAUGGAGAUGUAGGAAUACACUUCAGUUCCGUGAGAAUGGCGUGGGCAUACAUUAAAAAUAAUAAACUUAUCUAUGGAAUUGAACAUAAUCAACGACUUGAAGACUAGCAUGAAGAAUGAUUAUUUAAGGAAAAGGUUGUAUAUGACCUAAAAUGUAUUAAUAUGAUUGAUGUAACAAUAUAAUAUACCUAACA